AUGCCCAUCCGGGCCCACUGCACCAUCUGCUCCGACUUCUUUGACAACCAGCGGGACGUGGCAGCCGUGCCCUGCGGUCACACCUUCCACCAGGCCUGUCUCAUUCAGUGGUUCGAUACAGCGCCAAGCCGGACUUGUCCUCAGUGCAGAAUCCAGGUCAGCAAAAGACACAUCAUCAAUAAGCUGUUCUUUGAUGUUGCCUUGGAGGAGCAGACAGCACUGGAUGCAGAGAGCUUACAGAAUGAACUGGACAAGACAAAGGCUCAGCUUUCCCUAAAAGAGAAAGAGAAGCGGGAAUGCCAAGCUGUUGUGGAUGGGCUGAGGGACACUCUGGAUGUGCGCAACGCCACAAUAGAAUCGCUCCAGAAGGUGCUGGGAGAGACGGAGAUGCUGUGUUCCUCUCUGAAGAAACAGAUGAAAUUCCUGGAACAGCAGCAGGAGGAUAACAGAAGUUCAAAGGAGGAGGCCCGCCGUCUGCGAAACAAACUGAGAACCAUGGAGCGGAUUGAACUGUUGCUUCAGAGCCAGCGCCCCGAAGUGGAGGAGAUGAUCCGAGAGAUGGGAGUUGGGCAGGCGGCAGUGGAACAGCUUGCAAUCUACUGUGUCUCACUGAAAAAGGAAUAUGAAAACUUGAAGGAGGCUCGGAAGAUAUCUAGUGAGAUGACGGAGAAGCUGAAGAAGGAAGUGUUUUCUGUCAGUAGCAAGCUGCAGAAAACGGUCUCAGAGUUGGAAAAGACAAAGGAGGAGCUAAAAAGCACCCAGAAGGAUCUGAAGAAUGCAGAUAAGGAGAUCUUGAGUUUGAAGAAGAAGAUAGAAAUCCUGCAGGAUACUUUGAAAGUGCCAUCUGUAACCAGAGAGACCCUGAGCAGACUAGUCUUUGAAAGCCCCACUCCUGUAGAACUGCGGCACCCAAAGCUCCAUCGCCCAGCCCACAGCGAUGAGAUCAAUCUAGAUGCCACUUUUGAUGUGGAUACCCCUGAGCAUCAGCCUUGCAGAUCUCUUUCCAGCCCUGCAAAAAGACAGAAGCUGGAUAAAAAGCUGCCUCCUGUGGUAAAUCUGUCGAAGAAAGUUCUGAAGGAAACGGUGGAGAACUUGGCAGAUGACUUGGAGGAUGAGGCUCUUAAAGGACUCCUGCCAGCAUUCAUCAGGAACUCUGUUCUCUCGAAGAAGCCAUCCUCGGGUAGCUUGCUGGGUCCCCCCAAGCACGUGGGCACUGUGAGGGUGGGAUACGACGGCUUGGGAGGCAGGACGAAGUUCAUACAGCCUACAAACCUAACAGAAAUUCGUCCGAUAGCAGUGAGAAGCAAGAGGAAGAAUGUCUCCAGGCCAGCAUCUGCUGCUCCUUCAGCACCUUCCUCCAGCAGCAGCCAAAGCUCUGUAGUUGCUGCUGCUAUUGGGCUCUCUGACUUAAGGCUUAAGUGUGCUCCUCAAUGCAGCCGCAAGCUAAAGAUGCGGGGAAGAGUAUCUGAAGUGUCCACCUGGAGCCCCCUUGGCAGCAUUUAGGAGCAAGAGCUGAGAGAAGAGACCUGGACCAGGUCUAUGCCUGGUGCAAAUAAUUCCCGCAGGAAGAAGUGUGGUUCUUGAUUUCCAAGAUGAGUUUCCCCUCCUAAAUGAGUACAGAGUUCAGACAAACAGUUUACUCCUUUCCCUCCAUCAGCCUUGGCACCUUCAGAGGAGGCCAGGGACUGCUUCGAGAGGAGGUGGGGAUUCCUGUCCCCUUCUAAAUGUGUGGUUUCAGCCAGGGGAGCAGCAUGCACAAGGAAAAGCAGGCCCUGGUCUGCACUGCUGCAGAGUGGCGAUACGUUCGUUAUCAAAUUAAUCUCCCUCCCUCUGUUGCAGGCCUGGGUUGGGGAGAACUGCGGAGAAGCACAGGACAAGAUGAUGGGGAUAUUCUGCCCUGUCCUGGUUUUGGACAUGGAAGUCCACUGUGCUUUUCCAGACUUGUGACUUUGUCCACCAAACGACCAGCUUGGGGAGGGGAGUGUGUUGGGGGUGAUCCCUCUGCCCAACUUGGGAAUGGGGAGGCUGCUGUACUACCGUGACCUCUGUUCUUGGCAGAUGUUGGUGUGGAACAUUUUUGUAUGAUUUUCUAAUUUUAAGUGAAACUACAGAGGCUUUCUUCUUUUGAAAUCGGCCUGCCUAGUGAUUUGAGAGUUAGAAAAAUUACAGCCUGAAGUGCUGGAGCUCGGCUCCCUUCAGGGAGAGUGGGGGACUGACGGGUCUGCAAUCCAUCUGGUGUUCCCUAGCUGGAGACAGAGACAGGAGCUCCCCAGUCCCCUCUUGCCCUGUGGCUGUAGCAGAUGUAGUAGAGCCAUUCGGGCUGGACACGGACAUGACUUCAACAGAGAAUCCCAUACCCUACAAAUCUGUGAUGUUUCCGAUUUCCAGCUGCCGCAGGCUGGAAGCCUCAAUACCUGUGUUGGCUAAAAGCAUGUCUUUAAGGAAUAAAAUAUACUACUUUGCA